AUGCAAAGGUCCGACAAGUGGCAAAUGACCAAUACAAAUGAAAGUAGCUUCUCUGAAACCUACACCGACGGGAUUCAAAAGCCAGCUAUUUACAAGGAGCCUGGGCUGAGUGCCACCUAUACCUUCAAGCGCCCGCAAAGGUCCAGUUACAGGAAGCGAACUAUUCCAAGGGCCCCUAGCCUUCCGUACCUGAGUUCCCCUAGAGGGACAUCACUAGCGUGGACGCACCCGUUUCACCACCAUGUUGAAUCCCCAAAGAUCAAAUCCGGCCAAGCACACUUGUCCACCUCGAACGAUACGGUCCCCAUGGAAGCCUCCCUUUCCUCUUCUGAUUUGAGGCAACGGGAGAGGAUUACCUCCAGGCCGGGGUCCUUCGCUCACACCUAUCAAUCCCCAGAGUUUCUCACCCCGCGCCACUUUAGGUACAUUUCCCACCUAAAAGCACGUCCACCCCCCCCGCCUCUCCCGACGGAGAAGGACGACUCGCCCUUCUAUAUACCCUUGAUGCCGGCAAGCGAUUCGGAGGAGAGAGCGGCGGGGGAGGCGGAGCUCUCCCAGUCUUUCACGAGUACUGCCUACGCGAACGAGGUCCUCGCCGAGGGAGCCUCUCUCCUUUCGAUCCCCCUUCAACACGUUUUGCGUCUCAUCCGGCAGGGCUUUUCGCCCGAAGAGGACGCCCGCGAGGCCUCACGGGACCAUUUCCCCCCUCCGCAGGAACGGGAAAGCGAGGGGGAGGAAGGAGAGGGGGAGGGGCCUCACGGGGCGGAUUUAUCUACCUCGUUCAAGCUGCUCCCCAGCCCACUCGCCUCGUCCUCGCCGCGAAAGGAGAACGAGGAGAAGGAAAAAAAGAAAGCGAAGGAAUCUGAAAAGCUGCGGGGGAGCGUCUACCGUCGUCUGUUUUUUUCCCAGCGGGCCUCGGGACAACCCUGGGGCGGGGACAACGUAAGGGAAUCCUCUCUGAGAACGACCAAUCGCCGGUCGACGGCCGCUCAAUGUGGGAUCUGCGAUGGUAAAAGGGAGGAAAGAUACAAAAUGAAACCUGGCACCGCAGGGACCAUUUCCAAACGAGACCCACUCCAGUGUUUAGGCAAACAAUUGUGGCAGCGGAAAGCCUCACUUUAUGAGCUUAAACAGUCGCCAAACCGGAAAGACGGUGAAAUCAGCGGUGAGGUGGACAGCGGCGGCGAGGAUGUGGAGGAGAGACCUGCUGGCCUCAGCAUUCCUCUCGAGAGGUGGGGUUUGAAUGCCCACGACGAGGGUACAUUUGCAGCUGAGGAAACGCGCGUUGAAAAGGCCGAAAUGGUAGAUAACUCUGUGUCCAUUCCGAACUACGGGAAUAGCACUUUUUCACUGACAAUGUGCACGCAAAAGUUGUAUCCUCUCAUGGAAGGUGACCCAGACUGCACCGGGGACGAUCGCAACCGAGCUGGAGUGGUGAAUGCGGACAAUUCCAUGGAAGGAGAGAUUCAAGCACUGGAGGGGGGCGUUGAGCAGCCAAAGUUCUUUGUCGUGUCUAAUUUCUCACCAAUAAAGCAUCGGUGGCGGUUUAUCCAGGGUGCAAGGUGGUAUUUCAGCAUAUUGCAUGAUAUAAUCCGUAUAGAAGUUCAUCCAGUUUCAGAGUCAAUGGCGAAGGUUGCCUGA